AUUACCCACAAGGCGCUAUGAUACGUUACACGUGUUUUCCUCAGUAUGAGAUUCGUGGUCCCGUGACUCGUACGUGUUUGGCCGACGGUAAAUGGAGUGGAAAGGCCCCCAAAUGUCUCACUCCGCCACGAUUUUGGCAAGUGCCGAGCAACGAGACUAUUAAAGAAACAAAAAGCGCCACUCUACUGUGUUCGGCCUCAACCUCUGAUACAAAAAUCACGUGGUACAAAGAUGACAAAGUCGUGCACAAAAGUACUUUUGCUGUCUUGUCAAGUGGUAAUCUGUUGAUUGUGUUCGUUACUCACGAGGACGAAGGCUGGUAUGUCUGUAAUGCAACGAACGAAGCAGGCACCAAACUGGCUCGCGCAUAUCUGACGGUGUUGCGAGCGCUGGACUCAGAUUGUGGUAAGCCAACCCUAACGAGACGUGGGAGAAUCGUGGGCGGUACGAAGGUGGAAGCAGGUCACAAUCCCUGGCAAGUGAGUCUGUGGAACAAGAAGGCUAACAAACACUUCUGUGGAGGAUCACUUGUGUCUGAGAGAUGGAUUGUCACUGCUGCUCACUGUCUCACUCUUGGUGGUAAGAGUCUAUUACCUAGUGAUAUUGAGGUACGCCUCGGUAAAUUGUACUCUAAAAAAGCUGAACCAUCCAGAGAACAGAUCAUUAGUCCGGACAGGAUCGUAUUUCACCAUCACUACGAUAGUGGCCGUGCCGACUACGAUGCAGAUAUCGCUCUUAUUCACCUUAAAACGGACGUCAUUUUCACUGAUUACGUCAGACCUAUCUACCUUCCUCUGCCGAGUAUAGACGAUGAUAGCGAGUUGCUUAAGACUGGCAACAUUGGGGUCAUUACAGGUUGGGGCCGAAAGAGGGAAACCGGUCGCGAGGUCCUUAGAAGAAUGCACCAAGUCAAAGUACCAAUAGUGGACCAAGUUUUGUGCCAGGCAGCACACAAGAAACAUACUGUCACAUCGAAUAUGUUCUGCGCAGGUUAUUAUAAUGGCACACUUGGUGACGCGUGCGCGGGAGACUCGGGUGGACCGCUAGCCAUCGAUAAUGGUCAAUCUGCUAGCGAUGAUGAUCAACGUUGGGUACUCGCAGGCGUCAUAUCCUGGGGAGAUGGUUGCGGUAGAAUUGGCAAAUACAGCGUCUACACUCGGGUGUCAAAGUUUGUUCACUGGAUCGAUUUUCAUGUCAGUAUGGGCUGACAAUUGAGUACGACACGGUAUUUUCUAGAAACUAGGAGUUCCAAAAGUAAUGUAAUGCGCGUUUUAAAAAAGUAAAGUCCAGUUAUUAGCUAGCAACCCUGAACGCUGUAUUCUGGCCAAAUGUCAUGGGGAACACAAUAGUUAUGGUAAAAAUUCUGAGGUAACAAAGUUGUCGAGCGGCGCAUAGCCAUAAUGAAAUAAAGUCUGUAUCAAGCUACUGACUUUAAAACUGUCUCUCAGUAACGUCAUAUGUUUUCAAAACAGCCUGGUUCUUCAUAUUCUUGCUCAGGUUAGGCCUGGGCUUCAUUAGAAAUGCAGAAUACAGCAGUUCACGUUCUGACAUUCUCAAAUCAUAACGUUGAUGCUGACCAACUGUUAGAAAUUUUGGGGUGGAAAAGUCUUUGGGGUAGGAAAAGUUAUUAUAACGACAAAUCAGAAGAAAGAAAAAUGUCUUUAAGAACCAAUGACAACUAACAGCAGAACCGAGCAAAGUGCCUAAACCGCGGGAAAACGCGGGUGACCCAAGUCGUGAUUGGUUUUAGUUUUGUAUCUGAUUGGUUGAAACCA